CCCCAGAUCUCCAACCUCUGCGGACAGCCAGAUACCCCCAAAGCGAUGCAUCUAACACAGACCCUGGUUAGGUGACGACUGCUAGCGCGCAGCUCGAUCGAGCCGGCCGUUAAGGUUCUACCUACAUGCAUGCAUAUCCGCAAGCAAUAUUCCAAUCCAAGAUCAAAAUGCCGCUGAACCCAGCCACCACUCCCUACUUCUAGGGACGAGAAACCAGCCGAGAGGAGGAGAUACUAGUCGUAUACCCACUAGAUUCCAUCUUCUCUGCUAUUUUUGGAACAACAGUUCCGCUAGCUUCCUCCUCCACCGCUCCAUCCCAUCCGCUACCCCAUGCUUCGCGGGAUGAGAAAUAGAACAAGGCCACAGAUAUGUGACUGCUUAUAUACACCUUAACCUCUUCCUUGAUCGACCACAGUGGAUAGCAAAUAGUAUCUGCAGCUGACGCUCGCCGCCGCUUCAUCAUCCACGACGUCAUGGACUGCUUCGCGGAGGCUGAAGGAAAGAGGUCGCAUGACCCGUUGUACUGCAACCCCCACUCGCCACCGGCUACCGGCUUCCCUGUCGACAACAUCCCCGCGCCGGUCGUCAUCGUUGGAGCAGGGCCGGCUGGGCUGGGGAUGGCCGCACUGCUCGGCGAGGCUGGAGUUCCAUACAAGCUGCUCGAGCGGUGUAGCUGCAUCGGCUCCCUCUGGAGGCACCGCACCUACGACAGGUUAUGUUUGCAUCUCCCCAAACAAUUCUGUGAGCUCCCACUCAUGCCAUUCCCAAAAAGCUUCCCCACGUACCCGACAAGGGACCAGUUUCUGGAGUACCUCGAGUCCUAUGCAAGGAGGUUCAACAUCGAGCCACAGUUCCGCCAGGCCGUCGUCAGCGCCGAAUUCAAUGGAGACUUUUGGUGGAUUCGCACAAAGGAGGUCACCUCACUACCAAUGGGCGGUGAGCAGGCCACGCACAGCGGCAAAACAACUUUGUACCGCUGUAAGUGGCUUGUUGUUGCCACCGGAGAGAAUGCCGAGCCAGCGGUGCCAGAGAUCGAGGGCACCGGAAGGUUUAAAGGGCAGCUCAUGCACUCGUGCGAGUACCGUAGCGGUGCAGGGUAUGCUGGAAAACAAGUGCUUGUCGUCGGGUGUGGAAAUUCUGGGAUGGAAGUGUCUCUGGACCUUGCUAAUCACAAUGCAAUAACUUCUAUGGUUGUUCGUGGCACGUUGCAUGUUCUGCCUAGGGAGAUGCUAGGGCGCUCCACUUUUGGGAUCUCUUUGUGGCUUCUCAGGUGGUUCCCUGUACAAGUUGUGGAUUGGCUUCUCCUUAUGAUGGCACGCUUCAUUAUGGGCGACACAACCAACAUUGGUAUUACUCGGCCAAGCCUUGGCCCAAUGGAGCUUAAGGGCGUUUCUGGUAAAACGCCAGUUCUCGAUGUCGGAACCAUAGCAAAGAUUAAGUCUGGAAGUAUUAAUGUUUUUCCAGGAGUGCGGUGUUUUCAUGAGCAUGGUGUGGAGUUUACUGACGGAAGAACCGAGAACUUUGAUAUUGUUAUUCUUGCCACAGGUUACAAAAGCAAUGUACCUUACUGGUUAAAGGAGAAAACUUUUUUCUCGGAGAAAGAUGGCUUCCCAAGAAAGUCAAAAGAGUGGAAAGGAAAAAAUGGUCUCUAUGCUGUUGGCUUCUCAAGGGGUGGACUUUUAGCAGUGUAUAAGGAUGCAAUCAAGAUCUCAGAGGAUAUUGUUCAACAAUGGCAUGAUAUGUGUACGGAAGAUGUGAGAGAAACUUCAUCCAAUCGAAGAGCACCAUGUCCUAUUUGAUCAAAUUAUUUCGCGUACUAGUCAAUCUGGUGUAGGCAUGCCAGAUCAGAAGAUGCAUAUAACUAGAUCAGGCUAGCACGCUUCAAAUUUUUUUCCCUCACACUUGUACACUCAUAGAAUAGUUUAUUUGUUUGUAGUUUUUCAAUUAUUUUAAGGAAAUCAUAAAUUCAUUUGAUUUUUUUUCCUAUUUUUGUUUUAGAUUUAAUUGUAAGAAAAAGGAUACCUCUCGUGGUAUUUUAUAAACAUGCAAUAUAUCUUUCUUUUUUGAA